GCGUGUUUCAAACUUUUCGUCACCACUGGAGGAGAGAGAGAGCGAGGGACGCUCGAGGGAGCGCAAUAGCAGCUGUGUGGAAGUGGAGGAGCCUGGGGAGUGAACGUCUAGCCAGGACAGCAGCUCAUCAUCAUUAUCUCUUAUUAACUGGGCCGCCUCUCGCGGGACCUCUCAGUGCCAUUUGUAUCCCGGCACCCGUACUUAGUCACGUUGCGCCCCCAUCCGGGUGGUACCUCGCCGCAGUGCUCCGGCUUGCUGUCCUGUCUCUCGCCUUCGGGCUGAACGGAGAACCGUCGCCAUGGGAUGUACUCUGAGCGCCGAAGACAAGGCGGCCGUGGAGAGGAGCAAAAUGAUCGAUAGGAACCUGAGGGAGGACGGAGAGAAGGCUGCCCGGGAGGUGAAGCUGCUUCUGCUCGGCGCUGGGGAAUCUGGCAAAAGCACAAUUGUUAAACAAAUGAAAAUCAUCCAUGAAGCCGGUUACUCAGAAGAAGAAUGCAAACAGUACAAGGCAGUUGUUUACAGUAACACAAUUCAAUCCAUUAUUGCCAUUAUUCGGGCAAUGGGCAGACUGAAGAUAGAUUUUGGUGAUCCCUCAAGAGCGGAUGACGCACGCCAGCUUUUUGUAUUGGCUGGAGCAGCAGAAGAAGGUUUUAUGACUGCAGAACUAGCUGGAGUUAUAAAAAGAUUAUGGAAAGAUGGUGGUGUACAGGCGUGUUUCAACAGGUCAAGAGAAUAUCAGCUCAAUGACUCUGCAGCAUAUUAUCUUAACGAUUUGGACAGGAUAGCACAGAACAGUUACAUACCAACUCAACAGGAUGUUCUCAGGACUAGAGUGAAAACUACGGGCAUAGUAGAAACUCAUUUUACUUUCAAGGACCUUCAUUUCAAAAUGUUUGAUGUGGGAGGCCAAAGAUCUGAAAGAAAAAAAUGGAUUCAUUGCUUUGAGGGGGUCACAGCAAUAAUUUUCUGUGUAGCACUGAGUGAUUAUGAUCUAGUUUUAGCUGAAGAUGAGGAAAUGAACCGCAUGCAUGAAAGCAUGAAGCUAUUCGAUAGUAUCUGCAAUAACAAGUGGUUUACAGACACUUCCAUUAUUCUCUUUCUAAAUAAAAAAGAUCUUUUUGAGGAGAAAAUCAAGAGAAGUCCUUUAACAAUUUGUUACCCAGAAUAUCCAGGUUCAAACACAUAUGAAGAGGCCGCUGCAUACAUUCAGUGUCAGUUUGAAGAUCUCAAUAAAAGAAAGGAUACAAAAGAAAUAUACACGCAUUUUACAUGUGCUACGGAUACCAAGAAUGUGCAGUUUGUGUUUGAUGCAGUAACUGAUGUCAUCAUAAAAAAUAAUCUGAAAGACUGUGGCCUUUUCUAAUACAUGAUUAUAUAUGAUUGCAUUUGACUUCACCCUGUUAUACCUUGAUGGCUUUUGGCGUAACUUAAGAUUCUUGAUGAACAGCGGACCAGUACUGUACUUGCCAGUUUUAUUAGCUUUAUUUAUGUUCAUGUCUUGUAAAUUUUUAAAACUAACUGCUUGUAGGCCACAAAAAAAGAAGGUAUUUUGAUUGUAUGUAUACUGUAAUUGUAGGAAUGUUAUUUGUACAGACAUUGAACAGAAUAUUUUAAUAGUAUGAAUUGUCAAAAGGAUCACCUUGUUUUCUAAAAUGCUGUUAGAGAUUUUUAAUUUGCCUUUUUCAGUUAUUUAAAGAAACCAUGUACAUUAUCCCUUUGUUUACCUGUUUAUGCAUGCAUGCUGCCUUAUUCUGUGUUAGGCUUUUUAUUGCUAAGCUGCAAGAUAAAUGACUUGUUUUAAAUCUGGACAUGUCUUACAGUUGCACAACACCCCAACUCAGCAUGUAACACAAAAUCGCUCAUUGACCUCAGCAGUCACUGUGCAUUUUUAUUCUCUAGUAAUUACUUGUGCAUUGCCUUAAAGGUGGUGCCAAAAUUAGCUUUUUUUAUACAUUUUAAAUCUAAGUGGUCAAUUAUUGUAAAUAGUGUUUUCCAGAUAUAUGGCCAGGAUAUUGGUGGUGUUGAAAUGGAUUCCUUUUGAAUUGUGUUUUUGGCGUUCAUUUGUUAAGAUGACCCUCUCUAUUCUUAAAAAUAUGACACACAAGUGCAACAUUUAAGUCCAGCCUCCCCAUUCAAACGUUCCAUGACCUUUGUUUGUGGCUCUGUAAUGCUGUGUAAUUGCCUCACUGUCUACAAGCUUUUAUCAUUCCUUUCCUUUAGACUUUUUAUGUGUAAACUUUAGGCCCAGAAAUAAAAGGUCUCUGAUAUGUAAAGUAUUCAUUAAACGAAUACCAUUGAAAGUAUAGCAAAUAUAAACCUCAAUGCUGACAUUUAUUUUAAGGCUCGCUAAGGAAUCUGUUUAGAAACAGUUCAUUUAUUUUAUAUACUUAUUUUUAUCAUUGUUAUUAAAUUCACUGUGAGUUGACAGUUUGGUUCACUAUUAAAAACAGUUGUCAUUUCACAAUUUUAACAUGUCAUAAGUAACUUUGUGUUGUCCAAGUCAUGUAUAAAUUAACUGUACCUCUUGUAACGUCAUUAGGGCUUUUUGUACUUCACCCUAAGGAAUACAUUCAUAGUGAAUACGAAUUACUAAGGUCACCACUGUCUAAAUUCUUUGUGCCUUCAAUUAUAUUUUUUAUUUAAUUUAAAUUACUUGGGAAGAUUACCUGCUGUAUACUCGUAAUGAUAUACUGGAUUGAAUCGAAAUCAAUUUGUCAAUUUCACCAUAUAAAAAGAGCACACAUGUUGGUAAAUUUUACUGAAGGAUUCCUUGACUUUAUCCUGUAAAACUGUGUUGCUAAAAUAUCCUAAUAAACCUUACAAUUUUUUCAGAUUUUAA